CAGCCUGCCACAGGUAUGUUUGCUGCUAGCUCAGGGCUCCACUCAUGGUCCCUCUUCUCUUCCCUUCCCAGGUGCCGCCCAUGAGCACUGGAGCUAUUCAGACAUGCCGGCGUGGAGCCAGGGCUUCCCGCACUGUAGCGGCCAGAAACAGUCGCCCAUCAACAUCGUCACUGAGGCAGCACUCUUCAGCCCCCAGAUGCAGCCCAUCCGCCUGUCUGGCUACAACCUGCCCUCCUCGGAGCAGCUGAAGCUGAAGAACAACGGACACACGGUCAUGCUGCGUCUGCCCGCAACCCUGACCAUGUCUGGCAGCGACGGCCAGCAGUACCGGGCUGUGCAGCUGCACUUGCACUGGGGCUCCCCCACCGGACCCGGCUCUGAGCACACUGUGGACGGCCGGCGCUACCACGCCGAGAUCCAUGUGGUGCAUUACAACACCCGGUACGAUGACCUCGACGAAGCCAAGACCCAACCUGACGGCCUGGCCGUGCUUGCCGCGCUUCUGCAGGUUGGGCCGCAGAAAAACCCGUCCUAUGAGCAUGUGCUUGAGCACCUGGAAGAGGUCUCUAAAGAAGAUGAGGACACACUUGUGCCUGGGUUCAACAUUGCUGGGCUGCUCCCUGCCAAUCUCAGCCGCUACUUCUGGUACAAUGGCUCCCUCACCACCCCGCCCUGCUACCAGACUGUGACGUGGACUGUCUUCAACCAGACUGUGCGCCUGUCUUUGGACCAGAUCUUGAAGCUGGAGGAGACGCUGUAUGGAGACCACGACAAACUCCUGGAGAACAACUUCCGGCUACCCCAGGCCAUGCAUGGCCGGAGGGUGCUGGCAAGCUUCUUGGUGGCCCGUGGCCCAGGGACGCCUUCUGUGCCAGCAGGUGGGGGGUCCCCCGUGCCCCCUACCACUGACAACACCGCAGGGGCAGGCACCAGUGGAGCACCUGAACCAGACGAUGGGGAAGCUUCUGUGACCCCUGUCCCUGAUGGCCGUGCAAGGGCUGGUGCUGGCCAAGGACUUCGACCAGGGUCCGAAGCGCACCUGGGCUCCUCGUUUCAGGCAGGGGACGUGCUGGCCGUGCUGUUCGGGGUGCUGUUUGCCGUCACUGCCUUUGCCUUCCUUGUCUACGUCCACAAGCAGCGGAGCCACAGCCGCAGGCUGGACUCCCUGGACAAGCCCAAGGUCAUCUAUACGGCAGCUACCACGGAGGAGAAUGCAGCAUAGCUCCCCCCACCCCCCGGACCUGCACCAACACGGCCCGGCUCCCAGGGUUGGAGGCUGCGGCAGCUUGGCCCCCACCUCCCCGCCCGUGCCAGAGCUGCCUGCAUGGCCCCACUCCCUGCCAUCCUGCCCACUGCCCCUCAGAGACCGUGUUCUGGGCCGUGUCCAUGCACUACCCACCCCCUGCACAAAAACACAGAUAUUUUUGUUAUAAAAAAGAUAAAAGGUACAAAAAACACCCCCUCAAGCACAAGAUCCUGUCCCAGG